AUGCCAACCAAGAAGAUAACAAACAACAAGGACAAGGUGAUCAAUGAAGAUGAGGGUCAAAUCAAGAUGCCAACGAAGAAAUCCAUAGAAGAAAAUCAUGUAGUCAAUAUGAAAGCCAAUGAACAUGAGGCCCUAGGUGGGAAGAAGCUGACUAGGAAGAAGGUGCCAAAGAAGAAUUCAAAGGCGGAAGAUGGUAAAGCCAAUAUGAAUUCCAAUGACGGUGAUGGUCAAAGCAAGAAGCCGACCGAUAAGAAGAUGCUAAUGAAGAAAUCAAAUGAAGAAGAUGGCAACGAAGAAGAACAACACAAGAUUGAGUCUCUUAUCCCAGCUAUGACUCUAGAUGAAUUCUUCAAAAAAUAUGGGAUAUCAUUGGACGAAAACGAUGAAGAAUAUGAAUAUGAUUAUGAUGAUCACAAUCCAAGUGUUGGGGAUAGUAGUGACAGUCAAACGGUAAUGCUUUUGUCCCUAGUUUCAAUAGUAAAUAGUACUAAAAGGAAAAAAGCUCGUGGUCCCACCCAACUCAAGCAUAUUCAUGCCAUGGAGACUCCAAUAGAGUUAACAUGGUACAAUGGCAGACCCAUAGGCCCAACAAAGACACAAGUUCAACUAUUUAGUCGGUUCUUGGGCACACUUGCAAGAAACUCUAAUUUGGUCACCUUAUUAUAUACUAAUUGGCAAGCUGUGUCAAGUGAGACUAAAACUUCAAUGUUGGAUUAUGCAAAGUCUAAAUAUAACAUUCCUAGUGAUGCUGAGCCUUGGGUGAUAGAUACCAUCGGAGAGUCAUGGAAGCAAUUUAAGAAACGCAUAAAAAAAUGUCACUAUACACCAUACAGCUCAUUCAGAGAGAUGAUGAAAAAUCGUCCAAUGACUAUACCUGAACUGCAUUUUCGAAAAUUAGUUCAAUUUUGGAGGCUUGAUAUCAGCAAAGUUAUUUCUGACAUAAAUCGUGAAAACAGAUCCAAGCAAAAAUGGAAUCAUCGAAUGGGUCCAGUUAGUUUUGAGUUAGUACGGGCUGAAUUGCGUGCAAAGAAAGAGGACAACGAAGAUCCAUCACAAGCUGAGAUGUUUGUUGUAACUCGUACAAACAAAAAAGGAGAGUCUGAUUCAGGAACACAAGAGACGAUUGUGAGUUGUCUAGUUUCUUAG